AGGUUAUUAUAGAUAAUAGCCGAGCAAGUUCCGAAUGACUGACGGAAAGGGUCGAAAAGUUGCGAUUGUGCGAAAAGUUGCAAUUGAGAAGCAAGGAAGUUAAUCGGAAAAAAACAUAUAACUUGUUGUUAUUUAGCAGUGUCUAAGAUACCUAGAUACAUAAAAUGGACUUGGAGUACAAUAUUAAUAGAAAUGGGAAGAUUCUUGUUUGGAUUUACUCUCAGACGAGUCCACUUGGUUUACAUGAUCUUUCUGAAGAAGAGAAAAAAGGAAGUAAGAUACUGAUGACAGAAGAAGCCACUGGUUGCAAACGAGACAUUGAUUUGAAACAAAUUAGAAAGUUUUUCGAGAACGAGAAGGAAGGUAACUUUGAUGCACAAAUUGAAGUUAAACAGCAGAUAAGAGCACCAUUUGAAGAGUUCAAAUCUGAGCUGAAAAAGCUAGACACAGAAAAGCCGGUUGAGUACCAAUGUUUUGUUUUUGUCUUUUUGACAUACAGUAAGCCGCAAUAUAAAGGGGAAUACAGUGAAGAGUUCCUGCAUUUCGACCACAAAAAAAUGGCAGAAGGGCUUGUCCCACAAGCAAAAAUCAUCGAUGAAGUCAAAAAUCUAAAUGUAACAAAAGGGAAGCCAAAAAUCUUUCUUAUCCAAGCAGAUGAUUUAAGUCUUCUUAAAGAUAAGAUGACACAAAAAGUGGUAGGAUUUGAGACACCAAAAGUCAUUAAAAUACCAACAGAUGCUGAUCAGCUCAUCAUAAAAUCCACUAUUCCUCAGAGAAUUGCCAACAAACAUGCUGCUACAGAAACACCAUCGUUUUUGAUACAAGCAUUUCUGAAAGCAAUGAAAAAUAAAAAGGAAAAGGAAGAUCUUUUAACAUUGACGACAACUAUCAACAGACACGUUGCAGACCUUAUUACUAAAUCUAAAGACAAGAGGGCAGCUGAUAUGCAUGUUCCUUUGGUUACAUCUACACUCACAAAAUUAUUGUUUCUACAAGCUAAUACUACCCCCGAACAUGUCAUUAGCUGAUGAAUUUACUUUAUUCCACCAUAGUCCAAAUAAUAUGGACAAAGAUUUUAGAUGGCAAGUUUUAAAAGCUGACUAGCUAAGUUCAUAUAAACUUUUCGUUUUAUUUAUCUUUUGUAUGGUGGGUUUUGCAUGGAAUUAAAUCAAACAAUUAACUUACUGAAGUAUAUAAUGUAUUAUUAACAAGUCAAUAUAUAAUGGCAAUAAAAGCAAAAGUGUAAA